AUGCAAAUGUUGGCUAUACAUUUACAAAAUAAUGCUUUUGACAAAAGCUCGUGGGUUCCAUUAUUAUCAGAAUUUGGAAAGGAUUUUACAUUUACUAUUUGUAAUGCCGAAGGUCAAGAAAAACUAGGAUUUCACCUAAUGAUAAAACACUAUAAUUUAAAAAACACUUCGAUUGCUUCAAUUUUAAGACUUAAUGAACCCACUAUUAUGAAAUUUUAUAAAGAACAUCUUAAACGAAAAAGUGAAGAACUUGAGAAAAUUUGUGAUAAUGAAGAAAGUUCUAUUAUUUGUGGAAUAAGCUUGCUAGUAAAUAAAAAAAAACAUUACUUCAGAAUCUACACAGCUCUUAUGACAAUGUAUGAAGAGAAGAAAGUUGCAUUGUAUAACACUAACCAAGAACAACUUGAAGCUAUAAAGGCUUAUCUAGGUAGCAAAGAUACAUUAGAAUCAAUUAAAACCAGAGAAGAAAAAACCUUUUGUUAUAUAAAUUGUGCAUUAGUAUUUGAAGGGAUAACGAUAGUUAUUAAUCCAUUGAAGGCUUUAAUAGAAGAUCAAAAACGUGAGUUAAUAUGCCUAGGCAUACCUUUUGCUUUGAUUUAUGCAAACUCAAUACAAGGCAAAACUACUUGCACAUAUCAAGAUGUUCAAGAUAUUCGCACUUCUCUUAAAAUAUCAGUAGAAAAUUUUACUAUAAUUCGAGGUACUUCUUUUAAACGUAAAGUGAUAGCUAUAGAAGUUUUCAAAAGAAAAGAUAAUCAUGAAAUCUUUUCGAAUAAACUUAUGAAUCUAAUUAAGAAGCAUGAAAAUGGAAGGGCUAUUGUUUACUAUGCAACACAAUCAGGUUGUAAUGAUCUUUUUGCGAUAUUACAACCACUUAUUUCAUAUAAAAAUUUAGCUGUAUAUCAUGAAGAGUUAGGAGAUGAAUAA